AUCGGCCUUGAAUCGAGGCUAGUCAAUAACAGUCUCCAAGUUGUUGACUGUAUCAGUUUCAGUGCUCAAGCUAGUAAGUAAUGUCUUCAUCUUGAUAAAUAUGCUAAUUUUAUAUUGUGUAUACUAUAAUUAUAUAGGCACUAGGCUACCAUGCAGGCUGGGGGGUCGCCCUUAUUGUAAUUAAUUGCAGUGGUUUUUACUGUCGUAAUCGUUGCUGUAAUAAUUGCUUGCAUAGCCAUGAGAAAAGGUGAGUAACUCAAUUUAACUUUUAACUGUGUGAUCGUAUAGAUGAUUGUGAUCUAGAUAAUGCGUCAGAUCCUACGCGAAGAUAUUACUAUCAUUUGGCAGUACCGAUCUAAGCGGAUGUCACAUGCCCAUUACUUAUCUCUGUCACGCUAGAGGCUGGGAGUCAUGUGACUGCAGUUAGGUUUUUGGGAAGUACUGAGAUUGCAUUAUCUCCUUCCUUAACUGAAAGCCGCAGAUUGGAAUUCCUGUUACAUCAGCUUCCUCAAAAGUUCCCUAGCUAUUUCAUUAGUAUAGGGUGUUUUUUGGGUAAUUCAAAAUCACUUAUGGAUAAAGAGACAAUACUUUUUGUUGAAAUCUGCUUAUGAGUUGUAAUUGAAUAAUUAUGUGUAAUACUAUAAUGACUGAAUAAUAAUUGCUAUCUUCAUAUUUUUGCAUUUCAUGUUACGACCAAAUUUAAUGUGUCAGGGCUAUAUAAGUUAUAUGCUCUCGCUCUGCGCUUUUUGGUGUUUCUUUCAGCCAAUCCUAGCAAUUUUAACUUAAUAGAGGGGUUGGUAGAUUAUGUUGGCAUAAUUUUGAGCAUAAUAAGCACAUACAAUUAUAACAAUUAUGAGAAUAACAGGCAGGCAGGUUUUGGAAAUACUUGCGGGUCGUUAAGUAUCUCCUUGGUGUUCUAGAUAGAGUCAUGUGGCUAUUAUUUAUAGUUUGAUGUUAAUAUGUGCAAGGACAUGGGGUCUAAUAGACCGGUCUAUGUUGUGCUUUGGAGGAAAAAUAAUUAUAGUCAAUGUGAAAAGAAUAAUAUAUAGGCUGUUAACUUGAGCAUAAAAGUAAUUAUCUCGAGCAUACUCGUAUACCGUUUAAUUUGUUGAUCUGCUGCGAAUUAAGACUGUACACGUCCAUUGCUGUUUCAUUGGACAUGAUCUAUAAAUUACAUCGAUCUAUACUCAGCAUAUGCAUGAAGUAUUAGUAAUGUUGGCAUAAUUAUUUUAGAGGCAACAAAUAACAAAGCCAUUCUUGCUAUACGGCCUAUAUAAAUAUAUAACCUUAAUAAUAAGUCCAAAUUCUAUCAACAUUCUUAAGCAAAAUCUACUGCCAUGACAAUGUUUUUUACUUCUCUCUUAGUAAUUUCUACUGUUCUUUUUGUUGAAGCAGCAGAAACGUACCUAAAUGUUAAAAGUGAGGCUUGCUCGGAGAGGGCUAGGGUGAAGCUGAUCUGUGAAGGAGUGGAUCUUGAAGGAUUACGUUGGCGUUACAGCAGCCCUAACUCUACCGAAUAUGUGAACAUCUUCAAAUUCCUCGUGGAUGCUUCUCCACAAACUUUUCCUAGCAACAUCACUAAUAAAAAAAAUCCUGCAUUCUUGAGCGUUCAAUUGGUCACUAUUUCUCGCUCUCCUGAGUCAUACAUGGCAAAUUGGUCAUCCAUACUAACGGUUGAUCUGUUGGCGCUAGAAAAGCAGAACAUUACUAGCAUAACAUGUGGCGAUAUCGUUACCUAUAUGAGGAUACUGGUAUCUGAUAUUAUAGUCUGGGAUCCUGUCAAUACGAUAAUUAUUGCCAUCUACCAGUUUGGUGUUUUGACUAGCGUAAAAGUACAACUAUAAUAAGGAAUUUAGUAAGUUUUAGUGUAAUAAAAUUUACAAAUUGCUAUGGAACCUCUUUAGCUGAUAUGCUCUUCAAUUCUCAUGUACACCGUGACAAUUAAUGGAUCAGAUGAGGUCAAAAUUAUGAAAACUUGUGUUGGUCUGUUCUGCGAAGCCAGAUUUUCCUCCAUAAGAACCAUUAUGGGAGAGCACAACAUUGAACUGAGUUUGUUUACUACUAGAUCGUCUAGGAUUAAUACAAAAAUGUACGCAUCUGUAUACGUAAUAGGACUCAAAAGUGAAGAUUACUUUCGUACUCAAGUUAAUUCAACUAACUGUCUCUAUUCAGUCAGUUGUGCAGUCAUUCAAAACGACUCUACUUGUACUAUACAACACACAACACUGAGUAAUCAGCCUCCUAUUAAUAGCACGGGAAUGUUGAAAAUUCCACAUUCAAGUCCUGGUACAGUCCACACAUUUGCGUUUUCAGUGAAGGCAAACAAAAAUUUACUUAUCAAACAAAAUAUGUCUGUUACAGAUGGAAUCCCUGUUGAGUUUAAAUCAACUGCCAUUCUUAGCACAACUUCACUGUACCUUUUCUUGACGGUCAUUCAUUUCUUAUUACUACUUAUAGGAGCUUUUUGUAAGGUGAAGGUAUUUGUCUCUAGAAAGAAAUCUCUUGUUGUUUCUAUGGUGAUCCUACUCGUACUGCUUUUCAUUUGCAUUUCUUCACUAUUUGUCUUUGGGAUCAUUUUCUAUGGUACACAAUGCAGUCCAGUUAGGAUGACACUUCACGACAGUAUGCUUGAUACAAUGUUAGUCAUUUCAUGUUUGGGAAUAACAAUUUUGAUUACUAUUUGGAGCUUUAUUGGACACGGAGUGUACAACCAUCGUAAAUUCACAUUGCGAUUUGAAAACAAAGAUACUUGCAUAGUUACAACACCUAGCAGAAAAAGUCCACCCUCCACACUUCCCAAACAAAGUAAAUCAGGUCAGCAUUCCAACAGUGUUUUGUACGAUGAGGUUGAUCUAGCAAAAGUCAAAGGCAAUGUCUCGGAUAUGAUAGAAGUUGAGUUUAAAGCUAACAAGUCUUACGGGCACACAGACAAGAGUAUUACGACUGCUUGCUCAACAUAUGCUACUCCAGAAUGCAACAGCCAAAAAGAUUUAUCAUUGAGUCACCAGUACAGCAAAAUCAAAGUGAAACCGAAAGCAAAGAGAAAGAGUGAGCAUCCUGAGCUAAUAAAUAUUGAGCAGAAGCAGAUAUUGCUGAAGUCUAACCAGUCGUAUGGUCAGCUAACAGGUGUUGUGGGUCAGAUAGGGGGAUGUGAACUACUACACGAGUACGACUACGUGGAUCCUUUAAGUCAGUAGAUCAUUACAAGACAAUUCCCAAUAAUUGUAGGUACUAACAUUGUAAUGUGUUAUUCAGUAUUGCAAAUUUAUACAUGCAUUGCAUGCUUUCUGGUUUCAUUUUUUAUCAAUAUACAAAGCAA